AAAGUGUUAAAAACAUCGUAUUAAAAUUUAUUCAGAUUGGACCAUUUUUAACCAAAAAUAUCCACUAAACUACCCUAUACACAUUUAAUAUUAUGCAAAACUAUUCGAAUUCUCCUGAGCUCUGCGAUUCGAGAAAACAAUAUUUAUUGAUUAUAAAAUUACGCAAAAUCCAGUUGAAAAUCGAAAAUAUUGUCUAUUAAGUUUACUGUUGACAAUUUUCUGAAUACAAUAUACAUUUUGUUAUUUUAAAUAUUGUUUAAUUUUAUUAAAACAUUAAACUUAAAGAAAAUUCUAGCCUUUAUGAAGAAAACUGUCACUCGACCGCUGCCGAUCGGGCAACAUCGUCUUGAUCGUCACCGAAGUAGCUCCUUUUCAGUCUAACCGCUAGAGAAAGUCUUGUAUUUAUGGUGGGUGGGUAGUUCUGGUUCUUGUCCCAGUUUUAUCAGCAAGUUUAUUGAUCACAACUUAUAAAUAAGAUUGAGUGUUUAGUUUUUAGUUAUAAAAGAAAUAGUUGCAGCAUGCAGGGUCCAGAAGGCCUUUCAGGGUCUUUAGACCACAAAUUAGCUUUAGUUCACGAAAUGAGUGCCCAUAACUUUGAUUUAAUUAGAUUUGCUUCGUAUAGGACAGCCACAAAAUUGAGAUUCAUACAGAAAAAAGUUAGCUUGCACGCUGUCGAUAUUUGGAACGUAAUAGAAGCCUUUAGAGAACAAGGUUUGCACGCUUUAGAGCCGUCUCAGGAAUUGAGCGUGGCUCGUUUGGAAACCUUGCUUUGUUCCUUGUACCAUAGUUUAAAUAAAAGAGCCCCGCCCACUCAACAAGCGCACGUGGACGUGUGCGUUAGUUUGCUGUUGAAUUGGAUCCUCGCUGCUUAUGCUACAGUAGAUAAUGUUGGUAAAAUAAGAGUAUUCUCAAUUAAAGUCGCCCUAGCGACACUAUGCGCUGGAAAACUCAUGGAUAAACUUCGUUAUAUAUUUUCUCAAAUAUCUGACGGUAACGGUCUAUUGCUGCAAUGGAGAUUCAACGAAUAUCUCCAGGAAGUUCUGGCUCUUCCGGCUGCUGUAUACGAAUCUCCAACUUUCAAUUAUACCGAUUCUCUUGCCAAUUCUAUUUUUAGUCCGAACGUAAAAGUCACAGUAAACGACUUUUUAGACGUAAUGAUGUCAGAUCCGGGUCCAUCGGCCUUGGUGUGGUUACCGUUGUUACAUCGUUUGGCCAAUGUCGAAAGUGUUAUCCACCCAGUACAAUGCGACGCUUGCCAACGAGAAAACUUCACGGGCUUCCGUUACAGAUGUCAAAAAUGUCCGCAUUACACGCUGUGUCAAGACUGCUUUUGGAGAGGGAGAGUGUCGUCUCCUCAUAUCUUGGAGCAUCAAGUCAAAGAACAUGCUUCAUUUUCGCCCAAUAAGACGAUUGGACAGUCGCUGAGAAAAUCGUUUCGAUGCGUGCCCGACAAACAGAAGAAUCAUUUUCCCAGGUUUCCCGAACAACCGGAAAAAACGUUGAAUCUGUCUCAUAUCGUGCCGCCAUCUCCUAUUCCUUCUCACAACGGUUUUCCGGAUGGAAACUUUGCAGCUUUCGAUGGAAUGGGCAGUCUCGAUAGUCGAUCCACAGCCAGAAGCUUGGACAGCGCCCGCGACGAUGAACAUCGUUUGAUUGCGAGGUACGCAGCCAAGUUAGCUCAGGAAGCCAGAUCUGGAAUGGGAAGAGUUCCUUCCGAAGCUUGUCUAGGAAUGGACUCUACCAGAGCUCAGAGAGAACUAAUUAACCAACUCGAAGCUAAAAAUAGGGAAAUUAUGAGAGAAAUUGCAAGACUGAGACGUCAACAAGAACUAGAAAAUAAUGGUCACGCGCCCGAUAACCCAGUACUGAUGAACGAAUUGCGAGCUCUGAGGAUGAGAAAGGACGAAUUAGAAACGCAUCUAACCACUUUGCAAGAUUCCAGGCGGCAACUCAUGAUGCAACUUGAGGGACUAAUGAAAAUGUUAAAAAAUCACCAAUCGUCUCCCAGAAGUACGCCCAAUUCAUCACCGCGAAGUACAAAAUCGCCUCCUUUACCUCCGGGCGUUCAACCGACGAGCCAACCUAAUCCUCGCAGCGCUCCUCAAACGCCGAUGGGGAUUCCCUCGUCGGUAAAUUCUUCCAUAUCGAAUUCCAUGCCACCUAUGAGCCAAAACGAAAGGGAGAGGGACAGGGAAAGAGAUAGACAGCACACGUCACAUUCACAAAGUAAUGGAAAUGGUACUCCUGGUUCUGUGGGCCGAUCAUUGCGGAACGACCUCCUAGUGGCCGCCGACUCGGUCACCAACGCCAUGUCGACCUUAGUAAGAGAAUUGAAUUCAGAACCUCCAAUUCGGCCAUCGACAAGCGCAUUGGGAAAACGACAUGAUUUCGAAGACGAUGGCGACGAAGAAGCGGAAGGCGGCUGGCAGCAGGAACUGCAACGCGGCUACGCACAAGAGGCGAAUUUCAUGGCGGAAUUGAGGGCCCGACAUCCUUCAUCUUCGCCCGAACACAACCAGCUCGGCGAACCGCACUAUCCCCAUAAUCCGCACAAUCCAUACGGUCAGUACAACCAGGGGCACGUGUUCCACAUGCAGGCCGUUCACUAUCCCCAGAAUACCAACAUGAAUUCCACGUCUAGUUACGUUAUGCAACAGAAUUACUCCAAUUACAGUCAGGCCGGGAGUGCGAGUCCUUUUGCUUCGCAAGAGCACAGUCGACCCGACAAACUCCUAAACCAAGACGAUCACGACGUGUGUCAAGAAUUGGAACGUAACGAAGAAAUUAAAAACCAAGAAACUCUACAAUUCGAAGAAGCUUUAAAACAUUGGGUCAAUCGGUAAGAUUAAAAAAACCGUUUACCAUCCACUAGAUGAUUUAUGUAUAAAAAAAAACCAUUGGAAACCUAACAUUUUGACUUUUAAGUAAAGCAAAUUGAUUUGUAUUUUUCAUACAAGUUAGUUAAAAUUUACUAUAAAGGUGUGCUCAGCCGGAUAAGUUGUUAACGCAGUAAAAUAAAUAUAUACUUAAAACACAAGCCAUGCUAACAUGUCAAUUUGUUUUUAUAAUUACGUCAAAACUAUAGCAGCCUAUCACUAUUUUCACUUAGACACAUUGCUGCCAUUUUCUUCCUCCUGUUUGCAGCGUUAUUUCAGUGAAAACAUUCUCCAUAUCAGAGAGAAGUUCGAAUCCUACUGACUGUGCCAUGUUAGCUUAUUGUUACUUACAUAUUGAUCUGUAAAAGACCUUUUAAAUGUCCUGUCAGUAAAUAAGAGUUGUAAAUAUACUAAUUUUUAUGAUUACUUACUGAAAUUUAAAUAAAAAUGGCUUGUGUGUUAAGUGUGUAGAUUACAAAGUUUUUGAGUUUAUUUGUUAAAUUAUAUUUAUAAAUGUUUAGUUAAAUAUAUAAAUACGUAAUGAACUGAUAUAGUAUAUUGUUAUUUUACUUUAAUAUAUAAUUUUUCUAGAAAAAUACGCUUAUAUAAUAUAUUAAUUUCUUCCCCAUUUAAAAACUUUUAUUUCUGAAAUUUUACGUCUCUCUUACUAAAUCUAACCUCUAAACGUCAUUUAAAUUAAGGAAAUGUUUGAGGUUGUGGCAUAAAAACAUUAAAUAACGAACAAAAUGGUCGACAGUAUUUUAUUAUUUUUAAAGUUUUGAUUUGCGCCAGAUUUGACAGCAAUCAAUUGUAGUUCAGACAGUUUCCUGUACAUGUAUAUAUAGUUAUAAUUUUUGCGUUAAAGGGAGGCGUAGAGUAAAAAAAAUCAGAAUAAACAAUUUGCUAUUAUAUUCUCGAAUAAAAUACGGAUUUGAAGGAAAUGGACCGUGAUAAUGUGAUUUUUUCUUCACAAAAAUUCUGACAGAUGAUAGUGACACCUGUUACCGUUGUCAUGGUAACAUCACGUGUUGCCAACAUUGUUUUGACGUCACGACUUAUCAGGGUCCGUUUGAAUAAAAUUGUCAAAUUUAUUAAAAAUAUAAUAGACUGGGUAUAAAAGGUGUUUAAUCAUAAAUUAAUAGACUUAAUAAUAAAUUUAAUUGUGAUGAUGAAGAAAUCAAAAGAGUCCUUUGCAUAUCUCACAAAAAUAAGUGACAUGUAUGACAUAUCUUUGUAAGAUAUAAAGGACUUUCUUUUCGUUUCAUAUUUCUUCACUUUUAUGAAAAAUUAACUCAUACAUUGAUAUCCUCAAUUUCAGUUCUAAUUGACCGAUUUAUAUAAUUUCUGACAGUUUUACCUAUUGACAGUUAUACCAAUUGACAGUUAUUAUUACAAUUAUAUUAUUAUUAGUGCAUUUUUAUUUAAAACUGUCCUACUGUCUUGUCAAUCAAGUCAAAUGCCUUUUUAGACUUGAUACUAACUUAUAUUUGCCUUAGUCUCAAUUUUGACGUAUGAUUAAACAUCUUUUACCUGCAAAAACGACGAUAUAGCAAACGAAGCGCAAAUAAACAAUUUGAUUUUGUAUAUUUUUAAAAAUACUCUUGUUAUUAUUGAUCAUAUUAUAUCUAGCGGCGAUUUGUUUCGAGCAGAAUUUAGAGCCGGAAUUAAAUAAUAAACAAAUUAUUAAUGUAGAAAAAUUUAAUUGGACAUCCUAUCUAUCCUAUUCUAUUUAAAUAUUUUUAUAAUUUAUACAAUUCGAGCAAUAUAUGAAAUGUUAAAAAAAUGCUGCUACAUCACUAUAAUAUUUAAAACAGGUAAAUUAAUGAUAUAAAAGGAUCUCAGUAUUGAAAUGAUAUAGUCCCCAGUGUUUUGUGAUUUUUUUCAAUACAAUUUAUAAAAUUAUUAUACCUACUCUUUCAAGAUUUUGUUUCUGUUUAUUACAAAAAAAUAAAAUAAAGGACUAAAGAUAUUAAUAAGGUUUUUUAAUCUCUCCUAUGUUCCUUUUAUUUUAGUUUGAAUUGAAUUAUUUUUGAGUUAUUCCUGUUUAAAUAUCUGUCCGAGUUUAAACAUUAAAGCCAACCCUGUCACAUAUAGGAAUGUGGCUAACGCGUAAAAAGUCACACAAAACGAAUUUUUACAGUUAACUACCAAAGGGAAAUUAUAUUGAAAAAUAUACUCCUUAUGUG